GAGAGAGAGAGAGAGAGAGAGAGAGAGAGAGAGAGAGAGAGAGAGAGAGAGGGAGAGAGAGAGAGAGAGAGACAGAGAGAGGAGCGCAGCAGUUUUUGAGGUUGCCACUGGUCAGACAUCUUCAUGUGUGCUCAGAUGAGCAGAAGAAGAAGAUGUGGACAGGCUGCAGGAGGAGGCGAAAUGCUGCUCAUUCCACUAUCAAACCCGUAGACACGGUCUAUCAUCCUGCCUCCAGAUGUCGUACUGCUGAUAGCUAUGGGCGCCGUGCUCUGCUGUGAUGUCAUCAUGGAGGAGGUAGUUGUUGCCCAGAGGCUUCGCACCGAUCAGCUCCUCCCCUCCAGCCAUGGGCCCUCCCCCACAGCGAGUCCAGAAAGCUCCGCUCCUCCUUCCUUCCACCUCGCCCUUCCGUCACUGCCGGGCCCAGCUGACACCUCCUCCACAGGAAGGAGUUCAGGGAAGGAGCUUCUCCUCUGGCAUCUGGAGAGAAGAGCUGGCCCAGUCUGUUCUCCUACCAGCAGCAGUGAUGAGGAGCAUUCUCUUUCUGAGGCCGACACAGACAGUCUGUCUGACAGCAAACCAAAUGCCUCCUCACAACAUCGGCGGAGGACAUUCAAACCCAACCCAACACCACACAGCAAGGAGGAGCAGAGGAAACUCUAUGGUUCCCCACCAAGAGACCAUGAGGAGCUGCAGAGGACAGCCAGGGGUCAAAGGGCAUGCUGGGAUAGAGGUGGGGGUGUGUGGAGGACAGACAGUCUGGAAAGCAUGGGCAGCGGCUGCUCCCCCUCCAUUACAGAACGAGUGAAGAUGAACCGAGAUGUUGUCAAAGAGAUGCUGAAUCGAUCUCCAUCCAGCUCCACACCACCACGGAGAGACACUGUGGAUCCCUGGAGAACCACAGGCUCCAUUCCAUCCAGUGACACAGAUACUGGACUUUCAACACAAGGCAGCAAACAAAGGGUCUUUGUUUCAGCCGAGGAGUUUCCGCUGAGUGUGUGUCAUGAGAAAGCCCGGCGGCUGCUGGACAGAGCUCGCAUGAAGGCACGCUGCUUUCCUCUGAAGGCCGACCACAACCUCCUCCACCUACACAGAGAGCCAGCGGAGGUGGUGUCCAAUCGUGGGCCGGGGCCCCUGCAGCAGACCACUGUAAGGAGGAGGGAGAGCAACACCUCCCCGUCAGAGCACCUUAGCGACUCAUCCAGUGGAGACUCAACGUGUGCCCCCCCCAGGCGCCAGCCCGGCCCAUCACCGACACGGGUUCGUUUUGAGGAUGAAACCGAGAAGGAGGCUGAGUUUCGCUACCUGGAACGUCUGAGACAAAGGAGAAGAGCAGGGGGGGAGAGAGCCCAGGGCCCACUGGUCUCUAAACCAAGCCUGUCAGCCCUCGUCAAUGCCAGGAGAGGGGUAGAGUCUCCAGGAAGAGCCAAUGGCGUGCUGCUGGAGGCGGGCUUUUUUCCUCACUGUGGGAGGAGUCAGGAGAUAGAGAGCAGCACUGCAGCAGCUGAGGAGGCAUCCAGCAGGAGUUUGAUAGAUGUGUUCCUCCAUUCACAUCCCCCACACCCCCCCAUCUUCCCAGUGCUCCCAGAGAGUGAAGAACAAGGAGCCGUCCCAUACUGGGUGGCUCCCGGCAUGCCUUGCAUCACCUUGCACACCGAACGUAUCAAAGAGACCUACAUCGGAGGCGUCAUCCCCGACAACGCCCUUCCUAUGACUGUGGAGAGGGGUGGAACAAGAGGUGGUGUUAAGAGUGAAUAUGGGUGUGUCUCUACCAUGCAGGUGAGGACGACCAAUCAAGGGGAGCAGACAAGUGUCAAUGGCCACCCGAAGCGCCUCCCACCAGACUUUGUUCAGAUCACACCCACCAUGGAGCUACCACCCAAUCCCUAUGCCCAAGAGCAACACACCAAACCCACUCAAACCCAAACACAGAAUGUAAUUUGUUCCAUGGGUGAAGCAUUCAACCAAUCCGUUUCAGUUCCAUUCAACAACAGCUGUCCCCCGCCCUCCACCUCACUGACCACCCAGUCCAGGGGGAGGCUGGGAGGUGAGAACAGAGGAGCAGUAGCCAAGAAGGAGUUCUGUGCUUUGGGAGGCUCCAAACAGACCAGCGCUUCCGUGAAAGCACGAGGUCACACCUCCUCUGUCAUCAACCCAAGUACGAUUCACCCCCCUCCACCAUUCGGCAGCUCUGCACCUCCCCCCACAGCAGCUGCUACGGAUAAAUCUGGGGUGGGGACAGACUGUGCUCCGCCCACUUACAAUUAUGCAGAUGAUGGACAGGUCAAAGGGCCAUUGACAGUGGAGCUACACACAAACAGCAAUCCCAGUCCUGACCACAGGACAGAGACGGAUGCAGACAGACAGGAGGGAAACCCCAGGCUCUCCUUGCGGCAAAUCUUCUCUGUUGUGGGUCGAGGUGGAGCGGGGAAGGUUCUGGGCCGGGUUCGGUCCAACAGUCUGGACCAGCUGACUGGUCCGGCCUGCAGGGCUCCUGGUCCGAGCCCCAGAAAAUCCUCCAGCCCUGGCCAGCUGAGAAAAACCCCCUCGCUCCAGAUGCUCAACAUGGGGUCACCCUUCCUAAAGCUGAAGAAAUCCUCAUCGGUUCAGAGCGACAGAUCCGCUGCGUACAGCCCCGGACUGAGUAGGGGGCUCCAGCGGGCUCUGAGUGUGGAAGAUGUGGGCGGUCCCAGCGCGGUGCGGUCGGUGGGCAGGGUGGUCCAGGCGUGCGCUGAUGGAACAUUCCUCCUGGACCUCCACAAGCCUCCCAGCGGCUCCUACGGCUUCCUCAUCUCCCGCGGCAAAGGACGGCCUGACUCAGGUGUCUACGUGGAGGAGAUGAUUGACAGCAGCACAGAGAAGCUGUACGCCGGGCUGCUCGCUGUAGGAGACGAGAUCCUGGAGGUGAAUGGGGAGAAGGUGGUUGGUCUCAGUCUAGACCUGGUGACCCAUCGUCUGACCGACAACAACUCUGCAAACAUCCGUGUACUCCGACACAGGAAGCUCCCCCAGCGCUGACCCACAACCACAACCCAGAACUACUACAUCCACACCUAAACAAAUCGAAACAAGUUUCAUACUGACCCGGGUCUGACAUGUCCAGAAGGCUCGUGUAUCACAAUGCAGAACAAACUGUGACCCCCUGCUGACCUUCAGGCGUCUCACCGGCUCAGCUGAACUUGGUGCUACGACAGAUUCAGUCAAGGAAACCCGUCAACUUUAUUUAUUCAUCAUCUGCAGUAAAGCAGUCGUGUCCUGCUGUGGACUCUGUUACACUGGCUGCAGGAGCAACCCAAUCCCUGACCACCCCUAACCAACCCGAACCCUCUUUGACUCAGACCCUGCUAGCCCUUACACCCCAUCAGAACUUAUCCAUUUCUGCUGUAUUUCAGGAACCAGCAGGUUUGGGAAAUACGACACAGGAAGUGACGUUGUCAUUUGUUGUGUUGUGCACAGCAAACGACAGUGGCUCUUAACGCGGUUAGUGGUUGGAGCUGCAGCGUAGCGCUGACGGUGUGACGACGCCUGACUGGGUCAGUCAUGAUUAACAGCGCUGUUGGUUCCGCCUCAGAGUUCUCUGAUUUUAGUAUUACCUACUGAGUAGGGUGAAAUCAGCAUCCGGGAUCUACCUCCAGAACCCGGUGUGCCAAAGGAAACCAAAUCAGAACUCGAAACUUUACAAGCCCAUUAAGUUCUGGCUUGUUAAGUUCUAACGAGCUGUAACUAACCCAAACCCUAAAGCCACCUGGAUCCAUCUGCUGUACAGUCUGUAGACCAGGGGACAGGGGUCGGCAACCUGUGACACGUGUGCCCACGGUGGCACACGAGGCCAUUAACACUGGCCGGCACAUGGAGCCAGCCAAUAAAACGUGUUUUUAAUGAGCUUUUUUGAUAAAAACCUGUUGAUAUAAAAUGCAGCCUAAUGGUGAACGGAACCACCAAGUCCAUUCAAAACAAUACUGAAAUAAUGACUCUCAAAAUACACCGCUCUUUUUGACAGAAAGAGGGCGCACUCAAGUGACAUGUCUAUCAAGACCCUCCCCCUCUGAUCUUUUUUUUUUUGGUUGAAAAAGUUUCCCCCUUUUCACCCCAAUUGCACUUAGCCAAUUACCCCACCCUUCCGAGCCGUCCCAUCCCGGUCUCUGCUCCGCCCCGGUCUCUGCAGACUACCACAUGUCUCUGAAGCGUUAUUAUUUUUCCCACCUGGAUUCCGGGAAGACAUGCCCCUACUCUAUCUCUGAUUGGCUAACCCCACCCUAACCCUAACCUUAACCAACGGAGGCAAUGAGUACUAGCCAAUCAGAGGCAGAGUUCCCAGAAUGCGGGUGCGGAAAAAAACAAGCAUCUCUGAUACAUGUGGAGUCACCAGCCGCUUCUUUUCACCUGAUGGUGAGGAGUUUCACCAGGGGGGCGUAGCGCGUGGGAGGAUCACACUAUUCCCCCCAGUUCCCCCUCCCCCUUAACAGGUGCCCUGACCGACCAGAGGAGGCGCUAGUGC